GCUCCGGCCUUUAAAUUGUAAUAAAGUAGGAGUAUAAAAGAAGACAGACUAGGCUGUAUGGCUGAGAGCCUUUGCCUUCGCCUUAAGGAGUAAAUCAAACAAAAAAAAAUCAUUAUGUCAAAUUUCAAUGUUUUUAAUAAUUUUUACUUGUUUUAAAGGAUAGGUAUAUUUAGUUAUUUUUUGCAUUGCAUUGGUAGAUUAAAAACAUAUUGAAGACACAAUCUCUUUAAGCUUAUAAUUUAACUCACCAUAAAAUAAAGGACAGUUGGUCGUCUGUUUCUAGCUCACUGUUUACUUGUAAGAAAUAUGACUACCGCAGCCAGACCUACUUUUGAUCCAGCCAGAGGUGGUCAAGGUCGAGGGGAGAAAGAUCUUAGUGCUAUAUCACGACAAUAUUCCAGCAGAGAUCUACCAGGGCAUACCAAAUUGAAGUACAGAGAACAAGGCCAGGGUACAACUGAAGAAUUGCGGUCACGUGAUUUUCGCAAGGAGUUGGAUGAUAGGGAAAAAGAUAGCAAAACUACUGGAUCAAGGAGACAGAAUGAACCUGUAGCAAAAAGACCUAAAAUAGACCAAGUACCAGCAGCAAGUCUGGAUGCUGAUGACCCACUUGAAGGAGACUCUUCAGAUUCUGACGAUUCCGAUGAUGACACUGCCGCAUUGCUGGCUGAGCUAAACAAAAUAAAAAAAGAAAGAGCAAUUGAACAAGCCAAAAAGGAAGCUGAAAGGAAGCAGGAAGAAGAACGAAUUCGGAUGGAAAAUAUAUUAUCAGGGAAUCCAUUGUUAAAUUACUCAGCAGCAGGACAGAAAAAUGAUUUGAAGGUAAAAAGGAGAUGGGAUGAUGACGUCGUUUUUAAAAAUUGUGCUCGUUCAGAACCUGAAAAGAAGGGCAACACAUUUAUUAAUGACUCUUUGAGGUCCGAAUUCCAUAAAAAGUUCAUGGAGAAAUAUGUUAAAUAAUAUGCUUUGUGUACUUGCGUGGAUUUAAUUGUAUUGAUUUAGGUUAUAUGAUUAUAAUUGACUGACUUCAUGUUGAUAUAGUCUUUCAAUAUUAAGAGAAUAAAAUAUAAACUCAUA